AUGACAUUGAAAAACGAUACUGGGAGAAAAUAUACAGAAUUAAAAUAUUUAGAAUUCGAUAAAUUAUAUAAUGAAUAUGUUAAAAAACAUAAUAGAAUAGUUACUAAUUUACUGAAUGCAUCUGCUGAAUAUAAUUCAUCAGAACUUCCAAAAGCUGUUGUUGUACAUGUAGAAAUGUAUGCAGGAUACGGAAACCGUUUACCUGGAUUAGUUUGUGGUUUUUUAUAUUCAAUAAUUACUGAUAGGCUAUUUUUUGUUGAUGGAUAUGAUAAUUUCGAAGAUUAUUAUGAAAAAGAUUUCGAACAUGAUUGGAAUACUGUUACAGACUUAUAUAAAAAUAGUACUUCUAGAAAUUUACAUGAUCUUAAUGAUUAUAAUGACUUUAAAUUGAUAACGAGAGGAAAUCUAAGUAACGAAGAUGAAGAUAUUUUACAUGUCAAAACUUGGGAUUACCCAUGUGCUCCAAUAUCGUCAAAUCCUAAUUACGAGAAAUGGUUUACUAAAAUAAUACCUGAUUAUAGAAUUUUUUCAGCAAUCAGCCCAAAAAUACUGAGAGUACACCGAAAUAUUAGCAAACAAGUAGAAACUUUUGCAAAUAAUAAUUUUAACGACUAUGUCAUAGGAAUUCAUUUAAGAGAAAAAAAGUCACCAGAUGAUAUGAUAAUACCUGUAGAGCAUUAUAGUCAAGCAGUGAAAAUGUUAUUGUUAGGAAUGAAAAACACGAAUAUAACUAUCUUUGUGGCUGCUGAUAAUAAUUAUGGUCGCGAAACAUUGGUAAAUUCACUUCAUGAAGCAUUUAAUCCUCAUAGUAAUAAUUCCAUUAAGAUAGUUCACAAUGAUGAUGAUAUGGAUGCACCAAAUACUUCUAGUGGCGUUAACACUGGUUCAGAUGUUGGCGCCCUUAUUGAUAUGAAGUUGCUUAGUUUAUGCGAUGACUUAGUGAUUACAUAUGGUUCUUCAUUCGGUUUUACAGCAGUAGGAUGGUCACGAAGAUCACGUCAAAGAGGUCCAUUUGUCGUAAUGCCAAUAAAAAACUCAAAAGAUGAUUUGUGGGUUGUAGAUAAAGUUUGGGUAUCGGGCUACCUUUCGAAUGAACCGUGUAUGUACAUGAGCAAGUUGUUGAUUGAUCGCGAAGAUGAAGAAACCGUCAGAGUUUUUAAAUCUAAUCCGUUAUG